CUACUCUUUCUCGCAAUGUUUUCGGCACUAGCCGCCUCCGACACCCAUGGCGACGAUAACCUCACUCUCCGAUGCCAUCAGUACCAGGCCGCAAGCCUCCUCCAGCUAAAGCGAUCCUUCUCCUUCUUCAGCUACCCCAGCGCCCUCGACUCAUGGCAGGAUGGCACUGACUGCUGUCUUUGGGAAGGUGUUGGCUGCAGCAACUCCUUUGGCUAUGUCACUGCCCUAGAGCUUAGCGGCCGUGGCUUGUACAGUCAAGGCCUUGACCCUGCAAUCUUCAACCUCACCUCGCUCCAACUACUCGACCUUAGCAUGAACAAUUUUGGCCAGUGCAAUCUUCCGGCAACUGGGUUUGAGAGGCUCUCCUUGCUCACACACCUCAACCUCUCCAAUUCGGGCUUCCAAGGCCAGAUACCUAUUGGCAUCGGCAAACUUGCCAACCUUAUCUCCUUGGAUCUUUCUGUUCUCUACUAUGCCGCUUCUGACGAUUCUCUUAAUGGCCAUGGCACCAGCAUGCCCGGCGUUACUAGUUGGCUAUGGCUGCAGGAACCCAACUUUCAGAUCCUAGUUGGCAACCUCAACAAUUUGAGAGAGCUCUACCUCGAUGGAGUGGAUAUGUCUACCAGCGCAGAUGAUUGGUGCGAUGCAUUUGCUAAUUCUCUUCCGAAUCUCCGAGUUCUUAGUUUGAGAUAUUGUAAUCUUGUUGGUCCUAUUUGCCCGUCCUUGUCGACCCUGCACUCCCUAGCUGUGAUCAGUCUCCAAGAUAACUUUGAUACGUCUGCCACUCCCCCUCGGGAGAUGCUCAUGUAUUCUUACAAUUUAAGUUUUCUUCAGCUUGCUUGGACAAAUAUGCAACGCUGGUUCCAUUGUACAUUUGUACUCCCCCCGUAGAAAAAUAUAAGAGCGUUUAGAUCACUAUUUUAGUAAUCUAAACGCUUUGAUAUUUGUUUA